AUGCCUAGAUCUUCUCGUACAGGUGAACUGCAAUAUAAUCCUGAGAUAGAGAAAACUGCUCGUGCAUUGAGAAAAGCAACAAGAGAACGAGCAGAGGCAUCCUCCUCAUCUACUGGACAUAAUUCAGUAGUAGAUUUUGUGGAUUCAUUUAGUGAGACGGAAGAGAUAGAUAGCACCAUGGCUAAUGAACGGACAUUGAGAGAAUUGGCUGCACCAGAUUUAAAUCAACAGCCUCUAUGCAUUACUUAUCCUACAUUAGAGGUUGCAUUUGAGUUAAAAUCUGGACUAAUCCAUUUACUUCCUUCUUUUCAUGGCUUACCAGGUGAAGAUCCCCACAAGCAUCUCAAAGAAUUCCAUGUGGUUUGCUCGACAAUGAAACCUCAGGGAGUCACAGAGGAGCAAAUUAAAUUAAGAGCCUUUCCAUUUUCCUUAGCCGAUAAAGCUAAGGAUUGGCUCUAUUAUCUGCCCUCUGGGUCAAUAUCCACAUGGACAGACAUGAAGAAGCAUUUUCUAGAAAAAUUCUUUCCUGCAUCCCGAGCUGCAAGCAUUAUGAAAGACAUCUGUGGAAUUCGACAAUUCAAUGGAGAGACUCUACAUGAAUAUUGGGAAAGAUUCAAAAGAAUUAUUGAUGCUGCCAGUGGGGGCUCCUUAGUGAAUAAAACACCCACGGAGGCAAGAAAUUUGAUAUCGAGUAUGGCUGCAAAUGCUCAACAAUUUGGAGACAGGCAGGAUAACACGACUCGUAGAGUCAAUGAGUUAGCUAUAGGACAAAUGCAGCAAUUGAAAACAUGUGGAAUCUGCUAUGGUUCGAGUCAUCCAACAGAUAUGUGCCCCACACUCCAAGAUGAUUCGACUGAGCAGGCUAAUGCAGUUGGAUUUCCAGGACCACCUCAGAGACGGUAUGAUCCCUAUGCAAACACCUAUAAUCCAGGAUGGAGGGAUCAUCCUAAUUUUAAUUAUGCAGUAAGGCCACCAGGAUUUUCACAUCAGUCACAAUAUCAACCUAGACCUCAACUUUCACAGCAACAACCUGCUCCUAAAUCAGUCAAUAGAUUGGAAUCCCAAUUAUCUGGAAAGCUACCUUCGCAGACAAUUGUCAACCCCAAGCAAAAUGCUAGUGCCAUCACAUUAAGAAGUGGCAAAGAGUUGCCUGAGCCGAGCAAGAAAAUUUCUGAACAAGCAAUCGAGGAAGAGCUCGAAAAAGAGGGGAAUGUGUCUCAACCUAGAGCCUUGGAACAACCAGAUUUUGGAGAAAAAUCAACACAAGUGGUUACACCUCCGCCUCCAUUUCCUAGUCGACUGGCAAAGUCCAAAAAGCAAGAGCACGAACAGGAGAUUUUGGACACUUUUCGAAAAGUUGAGGUAAAUAUCCCUCUUUUAGAUGCAAUUAAGCAAAUUCCUAGAUAUGCUAAAUUUUUGAAGGAAUUAUGCACUGGUAAGAAAAAGUUGAAAGGAAACGAGAAAGUGCAUAUGGGAGAAAAUGUUUCGGCAGUUUUGCAGAAAAAAUUGCCUCCUAAAUGCAAGGACCCAGGUAUGUUUACUGUCCCUUGCAAAAUAGGUAAUAUUAAAAUUGAAAAAGCUAUGUUGGAUUUGGGUGCUUCGAUAAAUGUUAUGCCUCGUUCUAUUUAUAAUUUGAUGAACAUUAGGCCUUUAAAAGAGACGGGCGUAAUAAUUCAACUGGCUGAUCGAUCAAAUGCCUAUCCUGAUGGAGUUUUGGAGGAUAUUUUAGUGCAAAUUGAUAAUUUGAUUUUUCCUGCAGAUUUUUAUGUGCUUGAUAUGGAGGAUGAUAAUUCUAAUUCAUCUCCAAUACUGUUAGGGAGACCAUUUUUGAAAACUGCUAGAACAAAAAUUGAUGUUUUCACUGGCACAUUGACUAUGGAAUUUGAUGGUGAUGUUAUUAAAUUUAAUAUUUAUGAUGCCAUGAAAUAUCCUGGUGAAUCUCAUUCAAUUUUUGUUAUAGAUGUAAUUGAUUCUUUAGCGCAGCAAAAUUUUGAAUUUAAUAAUGACGAUGCGUUGAAGUUUGUUUUUCCUUUUGAAUUGCAGGAAGUUAUUUUUGAAUUGAAUUCUCUUUGCCCAGAAUUUUCCAAUGUGUCUUACUUGGAAUUACCUCUGUCUCAUUCACAGCUUUUGCCAUCUAUUGUGCAAGCCCCGAAGGUGGAAUUAAAGCAGUUACCGGAUAAUUUAAAGUAUGCAUUCUUGGGAGAUGGAGAUACACUCCCAGUAAUAAUUUCCAGUAAAUUGACUGCUUUAGAGGAAGAAAAACUAAUUCGGGUGUUGAAGGACCACAAGGAGGCAAUAGGAUGGACAGUGGCUGACAUAAAAGGAUUAAGUCCAGCCACUUGCAUGCAUCGCAUCUUGUUAGAAGAUGGUGCUAAGCCUUCGAGAGAGGCUCAACGGAGAUUGAACCCACCAAUGAUGGAGGUAGUGAAGAAAGAAGUUUUAAAACUUCUUGACACAGGUAUAAUCUAUCCCAUUUCGGAUAGUAAGUGGGUAAGUCCUGUUCAAGUAGUUCCUAAAAAGACAGGAAUUACUGUUAUUGAAAAUCCUAAAGGUGAGUUAGUGCCCACUCGAGUUCAAAAUGGGUGGAGAGUAGAUAAGGCUAAGGUAGAAAUUAUCAAAUGUUUACCUUACCCUGCAAGUGUGCGGGAAGUUCGCUCUUUUCUUGGCCAUGCAGGUUUUUAUAGGCGUUUCAUCAAAGAUUUUUCAAAGAUAUCCCAUCCUCUAUGCAAAUUACUUCAAAAGGAUGUGGUAUUUCAUUUUGAUGAUAAUUGCAAGAGUGCAUUUGACACGCUCAAGGGAUCAUUGACUUCAGCACCAGUGGUUCGACCACCAAACUGGAGUCUUCCUUUCGAGAUAAUGUGUGAUGCCAGCAAUUUUGCUGUUGGUGCAGUACUUGGCCAGAAGGAGGGCAGAGCUUCUUAUGUCAUUUAUUAUACCUCGAGGACCUUGAAUGGUGCCCAGUGCAAUUAUUCGACUACGGAAAAGGAGCUUUUAGCUAUUGUUUUUGCUUUAGAAAAAUUCCGUUCUUAUUUACUUGGCACUAAAGUCAUUAUUUAUUCUGACCAUGCAGCUUUGAAAUAUUUGCUCAACAAGAAAGAGGCCAAACCACGACUUAUAAGGUGGAUUCUCCUACUCCAAGAAUUUAAUUUGGAAAUUAAAGACAAAAGGGGUGCCGAAAAUAUGGUUGCUGAUCAUCUCAGUCGUUUGAUCAAUAGUGAAGGACCUGCUCCCUUGAAGGAUAAUUUUCCAGAUGAGCAUCUUUUUGUAGUUCAAAAGACAACUCCCUGGUAUGCUGAUUUAGUGAAUUAUCUGGUUACUAGAACGCUACCUAAUGAUUUGUCUAGAGCUCAAAAGGAAAAAAUUAAAAGUGAUGUUAAAUAUUAUGUGUGGGACGAACCAUACUUGUGGAAAUAUUGUUCUGAUCAAAUUAUUCGCAGGUGUGUGUCUACAGAAGAGGUUCCAUCAAUUUUAUCUUUCUGUCACUCAUAUGCGUGUGGUGGACAUUUUGGCCCUAAGCGAACUGCAAGAAAGGUUUUAGAGUGUGGUUUAUUUUGGCCAACUUUGUUUAGUGAUGCAUACUUAUUUUGUAAAUCAUGUGCAAAUUGUCAAAAGACAGGUAAUUUAAGCCAUAGAGAUCAAAUGCCUCUUACUCCUAUACUGGUUUGUGAAAUUUUUGAUAUAUGGGGUAUAGAUUUUAUGGGUCCAUUUCCUUCCUCUUUUGGUAAUAUGUAUAUAUUACUUGCAGUUGAUUAUGUCUCAAAGUGGAUAGAGGCUAAGGCAACUAGGACUGACAAUGCUAAGGUUGUAGUUGAUUUUAUUAAAUCUCAUAUUUUUGUCAGGUAUGGCACGCCAAGAGCAAUUAUCAGUGACCGAGGGACACACUUCUGCAAUCGAGUAAUGGAAGCAUUGUUGAAGAAAUAUGGCGUCACUCACCGGGUUUCUACGUCCUAUCAUCCGCAGACUAGUGGUCAAGCAGAAAUCUCCAAUAAAGAAAUCAAGUCGAUACUUGAAAAGACGGUGAAUCCCAAUAGAAAGGAUUGGAGUUUGCGCUUAGAUGAUGCACUUUGGGCUUACCGUACAGCUUUUAAGACCCCCAUAGGUAUGUCUCCUUACCGAUUAAUUUUUGGCAAACCUUGUCAUCUACCUGUGGAAUUGGAACAUAGGGCAUAUUGGGCAGUUAAAAAUUAUAAUAUGCGGAUGGAUGAAUCUGGAGAACACAGGAAGUUGCAAUUGCAAGAGUUGGAGGAAAUCCGAAAUGAUGCAUAUGAGAGUUCUUGCAUUUAUAAGGAGAAGACAAAAGCAUUUCAUGAUAAAGCAAUUUCAAGGAAAAUUUUUUGUAUUGGUCAAAAAGUACUUCUUUUUCACUCUAGACUUAAACUUUUUCCUGGUAAAUUGCGUUCUCGUUGGAUUGGACCUUUUAUUGUGACUAAUGUGUUUCCUCAUGGUGCAGUAGAAAUUCAAAGUCUUCACACUGACAAGAUUUUUAAAUGGUCAUCGUCUCAAACCUUUUUAUGA